CACAACACAACACAUUAUCCUCAUCAGCCAUAUUCAUUCAUUCUGCCUAAGAACAGAGAGAUGGGAACCACUUCCCUCUCUUCAAACUCACCUUCUCUAAUCAAUAUCAUUCUCACUAGACAUUCGAAUUCACUGCCAUCAACAAGACACAACAAGUUCCUCACACUUCAACCUCAAACUCGCCUCACUUUCCAUACCAUCACAUGCAGCAGCAGCAGCAACAGCAGCACCAACACAAACAAUGAUGAAACAGCCUCAGUUAAAGCACCAACUGCUGCAACACCUGUUGAACUAAAGCUCAAGAGAAGAUCUAGAAGGCAACAAGCUAGACAACAGAGAGAGAAUGGAACUGUCACAAAUAGCAUAGAGCAACCUAAUAAGGUAAAGGCACCUAAGAAAUGGGAGGAAAUGAGUUUAACUGAGAAGGCACUUGAGCUUUAUGUGGGAGAGAAAGGUGCUCUCUUUUGGCUUAAUAAAUUUGCAUAUGCUUCAAUCUUCAUCAUGAUUGGACUUUGGAUAGCUUUUAGGUUUGUAGGUCCUGCACUUAAUAUUUAUCAGUUGGAUCAACCUCUACUGUCACCUAGUGAUGUAUUGAAGGGAUCUUCAUGAUCUCAAGUUUUGAAUUUGAUGAAACCAUCCAUUGGUUUAACUUUUA